AUCUCUGAAUUUGAAUUGCAUACCAAAUCUCGCCCAGAAAAAAAUGUCAGGAAGAGGAAAAGGAGGGAAGGGUUUGGGGAAAGGAGGAGCGAAGAGGCACAGGAAGGUGCUGAGGGACAACAUCCAGGGCAUCACCAAGCCGGCGAUUCGGAGGCUGGCUCGCCGUGGAGGAGUCAAGCGCAUCAGUGGGCUUAUCUAUGAAGAAACCAGAGGGGUUCUCAAGAUUUUCUUGGAGAAUGUGAUUCGUGAUGCUGUGACUUACACUGAGCACGCUAGGAGGAAGACUGUGACUGCUAUGGAUGUGGUGUAUGCUCUCAAGAGGCAGGGCCGAACCCUCUAUGGUUUCGGUGGUUAGAUUUCGAAUGUGUAGGAUCAAUCUCUGUGUGGGGAAUAUUGUAUGCAUUUGUUAAGUGGCUUAGUAAGUUUGAAUUUGUAAUCAUAUGAUUGUUUGAACUUUUGAUGGAUGAAUGCAUUACCUGAUUAGAUUGUUAA